GCAUAAUUAUGUCCCCCUGCCGAUCUCGAAUCGAUUUGUCGCUGCUAGUCGGUUAUCAACAAUUACAUUUGAAUUGUGACGUCUGCAUUUGAAAUCACGACUGGUACAAAUGAAAUUAUUGAAUUCCAGUUAGACUAGUUCAACUGCUGGACUGGGAGAUACAUUUUACGUCUACCUAGAUUCAUUCAUUUCUGCCGGGGUGUGUCUUUGUCUAUACAGUUAUUGGUCUUUGUGAGUGAUAACUAAAAUGGCUGAGCAGGGAGUUCUCCUGGACCAGGACCAGUUCUGCUGCUCUAUCUGUCUGGAUUUACUGAAGGAGCCGGUCACUAUCAACUGUGGACACAGUUACUGUAGCAAUUGUAUUGAGGACUGCUGGGAUAAGGAUGAUCCAAAGGGCGUCUACAAUUGUCCCCAGUGCAGACAGACUUUCUCUCCUAGGCCUGCUCUGAUGAAGAAUAGCCUGCUAGCCAUGGUGGUUGGGAACAUGAAGAAGAUAGGACUCCAGCCUACUCCUCCUGCUAUGUGCUUUGCUGGACCUGGAGAUGUGGAAUGUGAUUUCUGCAAUGGAAGAAAGCAGAAAGCUCUCAAGUCAUGUCUGGUGUGUCUAGCCUCUUACUGCGAGACUCAUCUCCAGCCUCAUUAUAAUAUAGCUCCAUUGAUGAAGCACAAGCUGAUCAAAGCCACCACACAAUUGCAGGACAAUAUCUGCUCUCAUCAUGACAAACUGCUGGAGAUUUUCUGCCGGACCGAUCAGCAGUGUAUCUGUUAUCUGUGUACCAUGGAUGAACAUAAAGGCCAUGAUACAGUCUCAAUCACAGCUGAAAAGAUGGAGAAACAGAAGCAGAUAGGGCUGAGUCAGCAGAAGGUCAAGCAGAGAGUCCAGGAGAGGGAGAAGGAGUUGAAGGAAGUGCAAAAGGCUGUGGAGUCUCUCAGUCGCUCUGCACAGGCAGCAGUGGAGGAAAGUGAGAGGAUCUUCACAGAAUUUAUUGACUCCGUUGAGCGAAGGCGCUCUGAGAUGAAGGAGCUGAUCAUAGCCCAGGAGUAUACGGCUGUGAGUCAAGCUGAAGACCUCAUGGAGCGUUUGGAGCAGGAGAUCGCUGAGCUGAAGAUGAGAGGGGUUGAGCUGGAGAAGCUCGCACACACAGAGGAUCACAUCCAUUUCCUGGAGGUAGCUACACUGAGGGACCAUCCGUCUGUUAUUGCAAAAGGAACUCGUUAUUCUGGGGUGGGUUUCCCAAAGCCUUUGAAACUAUCUACAGUAAGUUAUCAGUCUCUCGCCAGUCCCAGUGUAUUUACAGAUUUACCCACCAUCGCUGUCCGUCCUCUUCCGUACUUUGAGGAUGUGAGUGAGGCUGUGUCUAACCUGAGAGAGAAACUAGAGGGCAUCUUGAAGAGAGAAUGGUGCAGAAUUUCCACCAGAGUGAAUCUAGUAGAUGUUCUACACCCUCCCGAACCCAAGACCAGAGCCGACUUCUUACAAUAUUCCUGUCGGCUCACCCUUGACCCGCACACAUUAUACAGACAACUCUUUCUGUCUGAGCUAAACAGAAAGGUGAAACUGAAGCGCAAAGGCUACUCCUACCCCAGCCGUCCAGACAGAUUCACUCAGUUGUGUCAGGUGCUGUGCAGGGAAGGUCUGUCUGGGCGCUGUUACUGGGAGGUGGAGUGGAGUGGGUGGAAGAUUUAUGCAGGCGUCUCAUAUAAAGACAUCAGCCGAUCAGGGCCUGUGGACGAUUGUCAAUUCGGACACAAUGACAAGUCCUGGAGUUUAGAGUGCUGUAGUAAUGGUUACUUUUACCGACAUAAUAAUGUCAAGACUGAAGUGGCACGCCCUCAGUCCUCCAGAGUAGGAGUGUAUCUUGAUCACCAGGCGGGCACUCUGUCCUUCUACAGUGUUUCGGACAAAAUGACCCUCCUGCACAGAGUCCAGACUAAAUUCACUCAGCCCCUCUAUCCUGGGUUUUGGCUUCAUUGUUUUAAGACCACUGCUGAGCUAUGUGAGCUAGAGUAGUGGCCCCUGUCAUAGUGAUGCUUUACCAUCCCCUACUACUCCGAAUUGUUUAUCAGAGAUAAACAUUUCCUUUUAUGAAUCUGAGGAUUGACUUUCACAGAGUGAGCUCUCUAGUCUAGAUAGAAUUUGAGGUUAUUUUCCCCAAAAUCUUAGGCAUAAAGUUCAUCUAAUGUAAUGUUCUCGCUUAGGAAUAAAGUUAAUCUAAUGUUCUCCCUAGCCAGAUAAUCCAUAUCUCUGGUGAGAUUUUACCUCUGAAAGCAGCAUGUAGUAGGGCAGGAAAUACAUUGUUUUCAGAAUGAUCUCUCAACUUGUCCUGGCUGUGUGUUACGUAUUCUAUGUCAGAGAUGUUGGCAAUUUUUAUGUAGGCUACUGUUUACACAUUGUUUUUUUUUCCUGCAUAUCGUAUUUCUUUUUGUCCUACAACUCUCAAAUACAUCAUGCUACAGGUCCCCUGCAGGUCCAUAUUGUAUCAAUUAUCUUUUAAUCAACUGAGCCUAUAUUUACAGUGUUCACUUAAUAUUGACAAUGCUAAACCAAAUGCAAACUGAUAAAUAAACAGCGUAUUUGUUGAA